AUGUCAGGUAGUGUUUCUGAUUCAAAAUCUUCGGAACUGUUUAAUUCUACUUUUUAUUCAUCAAACUCAAUAAAUACACUCGACCAUGCGAGGACCUUUAGAAAUUCUUUGAUAUUGAAAGAGAUGUCCGAUCAAAGUCUAACUUCAUCUAUUGAACCAAAAAAAUUGUUGCCUGAUGAAAAUGCAGAAAGCUCGAUUUUGCAGCGAUCAUUUAAAGAGGAUUCUACAGGAAACUCAGAAGUACAAACUGUAAAUAUGACAACCUCCCCCUCAUUGAGUGCAUUGGCUGAUAUUCUGAACGAAAGAUCAAAGUAUGCUGACCAAAAAACUAAAAAUGCACAAAAUAUCGAAUCUUCCAUUAUCGAAGAAGAAGAAGGGGAUGACGAGGAGCAAAGAAAUGUAUUUAACUAUGACGAGAAACUAACUGGUUCCAGACUUGGUAUACCAGAGGAAGCAAAUAAAAAUUUCUCAGCGGCUUCUCCAAACCUUAUCGACAUCGACGGUUCCAGUAAUAUCCAAGUUACUUCUUCCAAUUUACGCUCUUUCGAGGAACCAGACUUUUUAUCCACUCCUAAGGUCAGACCGGAUUUUCAAAAACAGCCAAGCAAAGUUGAUAUACAACCUGCGAUUGUUGAGCAGAACAUUCCACCAGCCACGCUCGAAGACAGCUAUAUCACAUAUCCAAAAACAUAUCCAAAAACUAAGGAUACAACACACAAUACACGGCCAUUACCUACUCCAAAAAAAUUGUAUAAUCCGAAAGUUCGUACAAAAAACCUGGAGACACGAAAAUAUACCGAUUCCUCAGCACAAAGGACAACGUCAGCCGGCUCUGUUCUCGAGGAAACCUCUGUACAUAAAAAGAAGAAAAGUAUCUUUUCUUUUCUUAAGAGGAAAGAACCAAAGGCUGUUAUUAGCAAUAGUAGUAUACCAAAUGACAAAAAAAAUACAUCAAAUGGCAAAAAUAAGAUGUCAUCGUCAAGUACAUUCUCAAUGAGCAAUCAAACUCCCUUAAAUACCCCUGAAAAACUCAAGAAGAAGUCGCAUAGUAGCAGUAGUAUUUUUAAUUCUUUUCUCAAGGGCAAAAUUGAGACGCCUGAUCCACCACGAAAGGAACCGAUAACGCACAAAAAAAGAACUCCGAAGUCUAAAGAGAAGAAACAAGAUACAGAACCGACACUUGAUACCACUUCAGCAUCGUCCAUUGAAUCACCCCUUUUAAGAAAAACCGACAAUGCACCUAUGAAAGCAAGUCAUGUAACGAAAUCAAUUGAUCAAAGAAAACCCACUCCAUUAAAUAUGGAUCUUAUACUGGGAGGCAAUGAAUACCAGGAAAAUGGCCUCCCACAAAAACAACCAAGAGAAAACAAUGUUGUUAGUAAUGACCUUCCAUUACCAUCCAAGGAUAAUUUAUUAUCACUAGACUAUGAAGCUCCCUCACCAGCAUUUUCAAAGCACGAUACAGGCGAAGUCCUAUUCCCCAAAUUUCUAGAUAGCCAUGAAGUCGACUCGAUCGUUUCUUUAGAAAGGACAAGGUCUACAAAGUCUAACAAGAGAAGUUCGAUGAACUCGCAAAGAAGGUCAUUGACAGACACGCUAUCAAUCAAAGCACAAAGUGAGGGAAUGUUUAUUACUGAAGCAUCUUCAGUUAUAUUAUCUACUCCAGAUUUGACGAAGUCCCCAGCUAGUAGCAUUUUGAAGAAUGGGAGAUUUGAAUGCCCUGAAAAUUUCUCCAGAGAAUACUCUUACGAAGGGAACACAAACGAAGAGCGCAACAACUUGAAUAGUAGAAAUGACGACAUCCAAUCAAAAAAUGAUGAUGUAUUCUUGAGUUCCAUAGAACGAAAAUUUGAUCAAUUGGUGAUGGCUUCUGAUGAAGAAAAAACUGAAGUUGAGAGGGAGGUGUCAAAACCAAAAAAAGAAUAUGCAGAGUACGCUUCUGAGGGUCAAAAUCGUUAUGCAGAUGAUGACAAUGAAUUGAUUUCGGAUAUAAUGGAAUUCGCAAGUUUUAUUAAUUUUGGAGACGAUGACCUCAAUUUAGAUCUAGACUUGGGGAGUACAGAAGUCUCGUAUAAGGCAGAAAACCGUGGAUUCAUCGGCAAGGAUAACAUAUAUAGCUCUGCUUUUGAGUUUGACCCGAGGAAUAACAAAGAGACCGUUCAGACAGGAAAAAAAACUCAGUCUUAUCUUGCUGACAAAAAUUUCACUACACGCGAAGAAGAGCAUCAAGAUGAAUUACCAACGUACGCACAAGAUUACAGAGUAAUGAACAAUAAUGAUUUUGAGAAUGAAGAUUUCAACGACCACACAAUGACUCCUGCAGAGGUGACCCCCAGAAAUAAUGCAUACUUACCGGAAUUCGAAGCCAAUAGACCUGUUUCUAUGUCCUUUAAGGGACUUAGAGCCCCAAGAAUGAGCACUUCUUUUAUUGAUUCCAUGACACCCGACUCUCCUGUGAAAUCAGAUUUAACCAGUCUAGGAGAGAUGAAUGUAAAAGAUAUAAAUGGCGAAGGCGUUAGAUUCUCGUCACAGAUAAUUCUUUACGACACAUAUGGAGAAUUUGAAUAUGAUAGGCACCCAGAAAUUUCAACUUGUAACCAACUUACCCCCCAGCUGGCUCAAAUGAUCAAACUGGAAUUGAAUGAAUUGAAGAGCGCAAUGGAAGUACACGACGAUUCAAGAUGCUAUACACACUUUUAUUGA